UAUAUGAUGAGACAUGAGACACGUGUCUAUAUAAAAUAUUUCAUGAAUUUGCGUAUUAUUUCGUAUCAUUUCGUAAAUGCUUCUGAGAUUGUUUCCGUUAAUUGGAUCUCUCAGAGAUUGAAGAAACUUGCAAUCAGAUGAAUAAAAUGUAUUUAUAAUGAUAUUUUAUUAUCUUCGCUUCAGGAUGGUCUUGUCUGUACAACAUUGUGCUCUGUGUUUUUAUCUCAGAAAUAAAAACAUGUUAAUGUACAAUUGAGAUUUAUACAAACAUGUGAUUUCCACCUCUUUUAUCGUCUUUCGGAGAAAAAUCAUGUAUAAUAAUUGCAUUAAUGGUAUAUCUGCUAUGAAUACAACAUAAAAGAAAUACUGAUGCAUUGUGAUUGCAUGGAGCUAAACUUGUGGCAGGAGAAAUUUUGUAUUUGUAUAUUGUACAAUCAACAAUAUUCAUACAUAUUCAGAGAUAGAUUUCAUAAUGCAAAGGUGGAUGACAAUUCAGGCAAUGAUGCUUGUUACCCUGACAAUGUUUGCAUUUAUUGUAGGACAGCAAAUGGUAGAUAGUCUUAAUACUGAACUGAUAGCAGGAGAAGAUGAUAAUCUUCUUGUAUUUUCAACUCUUGGAGGAUUGUUUGUUGGUGUUAGUCAGCGAUCGGGAGAAAUACUUUGGCAACAAAAUGAUGAACCAGUAGUCAAAGUGCCUAUCAAUCUGUCAGAACCUAAAAUACCAAUGUUUCUGCCAGAUCCUAGAGAUGGUUCUCUCUAUCUCUUUGGCAGAGAUUCAGAGGUAUUAAAAAAGCUACCAUUCACCAUUCCUCAGUUAGUGGCUAAUAGUCCUUGUAGAAGCAGCGAAGGAAUAUUAUAUACUGGCAGAAAAAUAGAUACCUGGUUUAGCAUAGAUUUAACAACUGGUGAAAGAGAACAGCUUUUAAGUUUUAAUAGUGAGAAAAAUACUUGUCCUUUGGAAAUGCAGAAUGCUAUUUUUGUGGGUCGCACGGAAUAUAACAUUAUUAUGGUUGACAGCAAGCGCAAAGAUAGAAAGUGGAAUGUAACAUUUUAUGAUUACUCUGCUGCACAAAUGGAACCUGAUGUAACAGAAAAAUAUGAUUUAUUACAUUUUACUACAAGUUCAACAGGUCGUGUUGUGACUUUAGAUAGAUUAGGAAGAAUUCUUUGGAAAUUGGAUCUUAAAAGCCCAGUGAUAGCAAUAUACACUGUGACUAAAGACGGAUUACUAACAAUUCCUUUCACAAGUAUUGCUGAUUCUUUGGUGGAAAGUUUUGCAACGAAACCAACUGAUGUUCAGUUGUUUCCUACCUUGUUUGUUGGAAUGCAUCAUUAUGGUCCCUAUGCGUUACCAUCGCUCGUCGACUCGGCCACGACGAUAUCGAGCAAUAUUGGACACUUAUUGCUAGAGGGGCCAUUAUUUACUUCACAUGUUGAUGAAACUAAUAAUAAAGUGCCAUUACCAGGGGAUUAUGUUUUUAUUCCUAAUAUUGACAUAACUAAUGAUGGUUAUCAAAGUUUCGAAAACACCAAAAGUAUGCUAGGGUAUAAACCACAGAAUCAAUUCCUUCAAAUAACUGGGCGGUCCGAUCCGAUAAUUUUGGAGACUUCAACAUUGAAUGUCACCGAGAUGAAGUUACCUGUUGCCAUGCAGUCGGACAUAUCAAAUAAUACUGUGCAAUCAGAAAGCAAUCAUAAUUGGCAGAGAAUUUUAUUAAACAUGUACAGUACGACCAAAGUAUGGAUCAAUCAACAAGAAAAUAGAGGUAUAAAAUUGGUCCUGAUUAUAUUUGUAGGAUGCAUGAUUGCAGCAGUAUGGUAUCUAUAUAUACAAAAUAAGGAGCAACUUCAGCAACUAUCACAGAUUUCGCGAGAAAGUAGUCGCACGAAUUAUUCUGGUAAAUCAGGUAAUUCGAUUAUUAUGCCAGAAGAUAUUGGAGAGGGCUUAGUGAAAGUGGGAAAAAUUAUUUUUGAUACAGGACAAGUUCUUGGCAAAGGAUGCGAAGGAACAUUUGUGUAUAAAGGUGAAUUUGACGGUCGUGCUGUGGCUGUGAAACGUCUUUUGCCGGAUUGUUUUACGUUUGCAGAUCGGGAAGUAGCUCUGUUGAGAGAAUCAGAUGCGCAUGCAAAUGUAGUCAGAUAUUUUUGUACCGAACAGGAUCGUAUGUUCAGAUAUAUCGCCCUGGAACUAGCUGAAGCCACUUUGCAAGAUUAUGUGACGGGUAAAUAUGACAGGGGAAAAAUAUCUGUAAAAAAUAUUUUGCAUCAAGCUACCUCUGGAUUGGCGCAUCUACAUUUUUUAGAUAUUGUCCACAGAGACAUUAAACCUCACAAUGUCUUACUCUCUGUACCUGGACCUCGAGGAGAGGUGCGUGCAAUGAUAUCAGAUUUUGGAUUAUGCAAGAAACUUCAGCUUGGGCGCGUAUCAUUUUCGCGGAGAUCUGGCAUUACUGGGACUGAUGGCUGGAUAGCACCGGAAAUGUUAAAUGGAGAGAGGACGACGUGCGCAGUUGAUAUCUUUUCACUUGGCUGUGUUUUUUAUUAUGUUCUCUCUGACGGGAAGCAUCCUUUUGGCGAUCCACUACGCAGACAAGCCAAUAUUCUCUGUGGUGAGACUAAUCUGACAGCGCUACGAGAAAUAUCUUCGAGUGACAAAGAAUUAGCAUUGUUAUUAAUCAAGGCGAUGAUAUGCAGUAACCCUGCUGGGAGACCACCAGCUUCAGCAAUUUGUAACUAUCCAAUCUUUUGGAAUUCAGCAGAGAUUUUAAGUUUUUUCCAGGAUAUUAGCGAUCGAGUGGAAAAAGAUCAAUUUGAUAGUCCAGCUUUAAUAGCCUUAGAAACUUGCAGCGAAUUCGUGAUACGCGACGAUUGGAGAUUACAUAUAGAUUUGGAGGUUGCAACAGACUUGCGAAAAUACAGGAGCUAUCGAGGCGACAGCGUAAGAGAUCUACUCAGAGCUCUACGAAAUAAGAAGCAUCACUAUAGAGAACUCAGCCCAAAAGCACAGGAAAGUCUUGGCAAAAUUCCUGAACAGUUUACAGAAUAUUGGCUGUCGAGAUUUCCAUGUUUAUUGUGUCACGUAUGGUGCGCGAUGCAGAGUUUUCGAGACGAAUCGUGCCUGAAACAGUACUACCAUUCGCAAUAUAUUUUUACAAGUGGUUAUGAAGAGCAAAAAUUAACCAAAUUCACACGUAUGGAACGAAUUAGUGAUACAUUAUCAACGCCGACCAAGAUGCAACAGACAAAUAAUGUCAAUUGGACUCUUAAUCGAAUAAAAUAUCGCGGUCAGAGAAGAAAACAGGAGAAGAGGAAGCAAGAGGAACCCUCGCCGUGGAUAUUGCAAUAGUCGAAUUAAAUUAUUCCAAAAUAGUAAGACAAUUAUGAAUCUUUAUAUGUAUAUUAAAGAUAAAAAAUAAUGUGAUUGUGUGCGAAUAUUUAAAUCAAAAUAAAAUUUUUAUUAGAAUUAUAGUUUGAUAAAAUCUAAUUUGAUCUGAUGAAAUGAUUUUGCUUUUGGUUGAAGAAAAGAGUUAUUUGAAUUAUGCAUCACUUUUAUAUAGGUGAUAUGGCAUGUGUAUUUAAUUAAUACUUUAAUAACAUUUUUAUAUUUCUUUAAAAAUCUAAUAUAAAAACAUAGAAUUAAUGCAAUCUGUAGAAUUAUUUUUUUAUCUUUUUUUUUGUAAUUUUCGAAUUUUUUAAAGAUUUCAAUUUUUUUAAAGAAAUAUGAUAGAAAUAUUAAUUAAUAUUGAUGGUAAACAUAUUAAUUUGGUCCUUCACUACUGUCAUCUUGGAUCGUGAUAUUAAAAAUCAUGUGAAUUUUUUAUCUUUAAUAUAUUAUCUUGUAAAAAUUGCCAAUUUUGUAAAACGCGUGCGCGAACAAUGAUUUAUAAUACUGGGAGUUAAGUAGGCAGAUAUCUGUUUUAUUAUUUAUCGAUAGAUUUACAAUGUAAUUAAUUGUACAAAACAAAUUUAGACUUAAGUAAGAUAUAAUAUUGAUGCAUUGUGUGCAUGUGUCAAAAGUUUGCAGUAAUUGCUUGACAGACAACAUUUAUCUGUUGUUAUCAAAAUAAUGCAUUAAAUAAGCUUUUUUAUAAAAUCA